AGAGGUGGCCAGGGCUGGAAUCCUAACAGCACAUACAAAGAGCUAUUCAUGAUGUCAGACUAUUGUUGGUUUGAAGGAAUACCUUUACCUGCCAUAGGGGUUUCAAAAGAAAUUGUGGAAGAUAUUCGUAAUAAGUUUGUGGUGAAAGAAGAUGACUUGAUCAUAUUGACGUACCCGAAGUCAGGAACAAACUGGCUGGUUGAAAUUGUCAGCUUGAUUCAGACCAAGGGAGAUCCCAAGUGGAUCCAAUCUGUGCCCAUCUGGGAUCGAUCACCCUGGCUAGAGACUAAUAGAGGAUAUCCUUUCUUAAUUCAUAAGGAAGGACCACGACUCAUUACCUCUCAUCUUCCUAUCCAUAUUUUUCCCAAGUCUCUCUUCAGUUCCAAGGCCAAGGCUAUCUAUCUCAUUAGAAAUCCCAGAGAUAUUCUUAUUUCUGGUUAUUUUUUCUGGGGUAAGACGAACCUUGUGAAGAAUCCAGAGUCACUGGGGACUUAUUUUGAAUGGUUCUUCAAAGGCAAUGUUCCAUUUGGCUCAUGGUUUGAGCAUAUUCGUGGCUGGCUGUCCAUGAGAAAAUGGGACAACUUUCUGGUGCUGUAUUAUGAAGACAUGCAAAAGGAUGUAAAGGGAACCAUAAAGAAGAUCUGUGACUUUCUAGGAAAAAAAUUAGAGCCCGAUGAGCUGGAUCUAGUCCUCAAGUACAGCUCUUUCCAAGCCAUGAAAGAAAAUAAGAUGUCCAAUUUUAGUAUCAUUGACAAAAAUGUGAUUACUAAUGGCUUGAAUCUUCUGAGAAAAGGCACAACUGGCGACUGGAAGAAUCACUUCACAGUAGCCCAAGCUGAAGUUUUUGAUAAAGUAUUCCAGGAGAAAAUGGCUGGUUUCCCUCCAGGGAUGUUCCCAUGGGAAUAAGUUUUCAAAAUUUUAAAUAUGAUAUGAACACUGAUGUUUAUGUUCCUGUUGUUCUGUAUGUGAUUAAGUGAAUGUGGUCAUAGAAAAAAUCCUGUAGUGAAAUUCUGA